UUUGGACUGCCCUCCAAGAUGGCGACGAGGGUGAGUGUUUUAAGUGUUUGGACCGCAGUAGGCCAAAGGCGCAAUGUAGAUUCUUUGCUAAAAGUGUCCGAGGUCUGAGUGGCUGGUUACGGUAAACUCUGGUUGGUCAAUAGCGGUUCGGGGGGGAGUUUAGAGCAGGUUCAAUCGGAUGGAAACCGUUCUCCUCCGCACACAACUGAUGCUUUGUAGCGAUGCAUUCAAGGGCAUGGUUUUCAUGACGACAUGGUGGGUGUGUUCUUAGCUGACCAUUAGUGUUUGGUUUCACAUUAUAUUCGUUCAGUCAACAUGCGUUCCUCCCACAACUGUGUAUCCGGAGACCACCAUUCUUUUUUUUGCGUAAAUAGAGUUGUAUUAUAGUACCAGUGUGCAGCAACAAAAUUGACCGCAUAACAUAUUUGAUUAUUACGCCAAGUGCAUGAACUGGGAUGUCUGCAACGGACUGGUACGCGCACAAAUCCAUCGGAGAAGGUCUGUACUGGAUCCAGGAGAAGUUUUUUGAUUCGUCAAACAGAGCAAAUAUUUGGCUCCUUAGAGGGUCUCAUCAAGAUGUAGUGAUAGACACAGGCUUGGGGUUGAGGAGUUUACCAGAUUACAUUAACACCAAAGGUCUGCUUGGAGACGACCCGCAGCGAAAGAACCCCAUUUUGGCGAUCGCCACCCACGCCCACUUCGACCACUCAGGUGGUCUGCAUCAGUUCGAACAGGUGGGAGUCCACAGUGCAGAGGUCGAUGCACUGGCCAACGGAGACAACUUCGAGACCGUUACGUGGCUGUCUGACAGAGAGAUAGUCCAGGCUCCCUGGCCAGGAUGGAGGGCUAGAGGAUACAGAGUCAAGGCUGUCCAACCAACACACAUACUACAAGAAGGUGAUGUCAUCAACCUGGGCGACAGGCAGCUGAAGGUGCUGCACAUGCCCGGCCACUCCCGGGGCAGCAUCUGCCUGCACGACGGGGACAACAAGAUGCUGUUCAGUGGGGACGUGGUCUAUGACGGAGCCAUGAUCGACUGGCUGCCCACCAGCCGUGUCAGCGACUACGUCAGUAGCUGUGAGCGUCUGGUGGGGCUGGUGGAUAGUGAGCAGGUGGACCAGGUAAUGCCUGGACACUAUCACACGUUUGGUGCGAAACGGCUCCACCACAUCGCCUCGGGGUACAUCGACAGAGCCGGAACCUGCCCAGCACGCUUCUCCACGUUUGCCUGGAGGACCUUGGCCGGAUUGGCGCUACGGGCGUCCAACACACAUGGCAUCUGCUAGCCACAUGGCACCCCCAGUUUGAAUCUUUUGCAGAGAUAGGUUGGGGGAUGUGAGGAAUAUAAUUCAACCCCUCAAUUAACAGGAUUUCCUUGUACUGUCUAUUAUAAACUGAUGUGAUCCAAAGUAUGUUAUUUUAUAUGAUUCAUCAAAAUGCCCCCAUUGAAUUACAUCAGGCAAUGAAUGACAGAAUAUUGAGAUUCCCAUUAUUACAGGAUUCAUUAAAGACUGGAAAAUAAACCUUGUUUAUUAUGUCAUAUUUAGAUAAAUAUUAAGUUGUGUGAUCGUUGGAAUGCUCUUUCCCAUGAGGCAGCCUCUCAUAUGACAGUGUUUCUUAACCCCAGUACCUCGGGAGUCCCCACAACUACUCAAGCUCUUGAUCAUUAGUUGGGUAGCUGAAUCAGGUGUGCUGUCGCUGGGCUAAAACAUAUUUAAGAAACCUUAGGGAGGCCUGCUUGGACUGGAGAUGAAUAACAUAGUUCCCUUAGGGGAUACAAUGUGACAGCACAACACCUACACAGAGACAGACAGGCAGACCGACAGAGGGCAUGACUCAUCAGUAUCUUUUAUAACAUUGUCCCCAGGCUAAGAGAGAGGGAGACAGCCAGCUGGUGGAGGAGACCUAUAUAUUUUGUAACACUAGUCUCGGGCGGGCCAAGUUUUUUUUCGGGCCGCCUAUGAAUAAAAUAAAAAUAUUUUUUUUGUCAGUGUUAUCUAAUAUUUAUUAAUUCCAUUAUUUUAUUUCUCGAUGUGUGUAUUUUUGUGAAUUGUUUUUAGAUACAACUGCACUGUUCGAGCUAGGAACACAAGCAUUGUCUCUACACCCGCAAUAACAUCUGCUAAAUAUGUGUAUGUGACCAAUACAACUUCUUUUAAUUUAAUUGACUUAAACCAGAUAUAAAGUAUGUAGAAAAGAUAAUGGGCCUAUAUAUUUAUGAACAGGAUUAUAUUUGAGAACUAACAAUCACUGAAAUAAAAGCUAGACAGUCAGGGAGAAUAAAAAAAUAAAUUAAUGGAUUUUGUUUGAGUCACUCAGAUAGCAUAAACAUGGCAAAAUGUGUAGAAUUGUAGGACCAUUUUCUUAGAAAAAAAAGUCAGCCUCAUUGCAAAAUGUGUAGAAUUGCAGCAACUUUUCUUUAGAACAGCUACAUUUAGUCACUGGAGCCAACAGGAAGGCCUCUAAGUAUUUGUUAGUUCUCAAAGAUUAUAAAGUUCCUGUAAUUCUAUACAUUUUGCAAUGAGGCUGACUUUUUUUUCUAAGAAAAUGUCCUACAAUUCUACAUGGUUUGCCAUGGUUUGUACCAUCUGAGUGACUCAAACAACAAAAUUCAUUUAAAAAAAAAAGCUUCUCCCUGACUGUCUAGCUUUUAUUUCAGUGAUUAAGUCAACAGCUGCACCAUUGACCCUUCACCUAAACCACAUUUGAAUCCAGAAAAAGCCCGCUCUGUAUAAUCCAUCACACUCGCAAUAAAAUAAAAGUGUUAGCACAUUCUUGAAAUGAGACAAACCAGUUACUGUGUGGUUUUCCUUUUACUUUCAACACUGUGAAAAUGGCAUUUUCAACAAGCACAAAUUCCUAUUGAAAGAUUCAUGUGACAGUUUGGCUGCUUCCCAAUUCUUUACCCUUUUCCCAAAGUGUGCACUUUUACACUACACAUCAUAGAUUUAACAAUGGUGGAAAGUCUGUCUAGCAAAGGAUUUUACCAAUCCACAAUUCUUUUAAAUCCAUGACUGUUCAUGUGUGGAAGUGCACACUGGGAGACGGGUGGAGAAUCGCGACUCAGCCUUGGAUUCCGUGUGCAGAGAAUGAUCGUGAUAUCUAGGUCAAUGGCUCUUGGAGCACAUUCAGACUUCAACUCUAAAUGGGUGAAAUAUUAAUUCAGUCUCUAAACUAUAUAAAAACAAAAUAAUUUGGCAUGCACUCGUUUUAUUAUUUAUUUUGAAUAAAGUGUGGGGGCAUGUUCUGUAAAUAGAAUGGGUCUAUGUUGACAUAGGUUUUUGGUCAACUGACACAGAGUUAGUCAACAUUGACAAAAAGCACAUGAUGUUUGAUCGAGAGGGAUGUUUGAUCUAGAGUUAGUGGAUGGCUUUAAUCCUCAUGUCAUACUGACGUGACAUUUCUACUGGGAUUAUACGAUGUAUAUAAUUUCCACUAAAAAGGAGAGAUAUGACAGAAUAAAUAAUCCAAGGCUG